UUCAAUUCAGACACUGCCAUAUAAUUAGACCCCACCCAAACAAACCCCUCUUCAUCCUCAUCUCUGUUCCUGCUCAAACCCUAAUUUCAUCAUUGUUUCUUCCACCCUCAUUCUGGACUUUCAUCUUCCCCAAGUGGGUUCUUUGAAGGCACUGAGGGAUGAUACGCAGGGUGUGAUUGAUUUACUUGGAAUUCUUUUCGGGCCAUUUUAGGAUCCUUGAGUUUAAGCAACUUAUAGAAUAUAUUAAGUUAUUGACUCAUUAUGAUGUCUAGCAACACCAUCAAAAGAACACGCAGGAAAGGUUGAGUUAUAGAAGGCAUUGAUCAUUUUGCUAUGAUUCAAUAGAAAUUAAAUCAGGAUGGCAUUUUAGGAGAUGGAAGUUAUUUAUAUGAUGGUGAAUAUUGUAUAAUAGGUCGCGCCUUGAUUGACAUAUAAAGCACCGGUCAUGAAAAUGGAUACACAAUGUUGGGGCAUUGUUCUUUCCCAUAUAUCCGCAUGAAGCUAUAGUAUACUGAAUCUAAGUUUCAUGCUAUAUUCACAGUUACACCCCCACUAAUAUUGUUGCAAGUAGUAUCUGACCAAGACAAGUGUAACGUCUGCAAUUAAGUGUAGGAAAGAUGGGUGCACUUUGUUGUGUAGCCUCUAGGACACAUGAGCAGAACUCAGGAAAAAGGGGACAAGAACAUUCUAUGGAUCUUGUUGAACCUCAAUGGAGAACAAACUUCAGUUUUUCCCCUCCUACUCCAUCAAGAAUAUGGGACUGUAGGUUACAAACAGAUACUUUGUUGAGUAGACCUGGGCGUUUAGUCCAUGGUACAUCAAAAUACUCAAAUAGUAAAGAAAGAAAAGAUGUGUUUGGCAGUGGGAGACACACCAACCAUCAGCAUUCCGUAUCAGAUGGUAUUCUCUCUUACCCUGGCAGCCAACCAGAUGGUCAGGCUCCUCGGUGGACAUCACCUGUUCAAAAGUUAAACCUGGAAGGCUUCUCUACUCCAUCUAGAAAAGGAAAAAUGAGUCCAAGACCAGAGAUUGCCUGGGUUCCUCAAUCCUCUCAGAGGCAAAACAUUGUUGCUGACACAUAUGCAGCAUCCUGCAGUUACGGAUCUCCUUUUUCGCUUUCUGAGUCUGGACCAUGGGACGUACCCGGCAGACUGCCGUCAACUAUUUUCCAAAGUCGCAACUUCCCUAGUCGCCGCUCUUUUAUGUCAAAACCUGUUUAUCCGUUACUCAUGCACAAUCCAGUGUCAGAUUGCGGUGCAACUGAUGGUUCUGAGACUUGCAGUACUAGCAGAUUGACCCCAGACAGUGAUAUGAUAGUACCAUCAAAUUGGUCUAGUGUUAGUACAAGGAUUGAUCAAGAGUUUCAAACUCUCAGUCAACUCCAGGAGAUGGACACAUCACCAGCCCCAAGCUCAAUUUCUAGAAGAGAAGGUUAUCGAUGGAGUACUUCCAGCAGUUAUGAUAUGGAAUAUGAGGCCGAACAAAUUGAUAUAUCUGAAAACAUGGAUGUAGAUAGUCUAAGAUCACCAGGUUACCAGAUGGAUGAUACAAAAUGUGGUAUUUGUGUAAAGUUCUUGAGGCAGAAAUCCCCCUGGGGUUCAAAUAGAAUCAUGAGAAGCGGGGAUCUGCCAGUAGCUGGAAUACUACCUUGCAGUCAUGUUUUCCAUGCAGAGUGCUUAGAGCAAGUUAGUACCAAAUCUGAGAUUCAUGAUCCACCUUGCCCCUUGUGCUUAGGAUUGUCUGAAGAUUUGUCAUCAUUUUCAGAACCCUUAAUGAUGGCACUGAGAUCUGUCCGGAGAAGAGGAGUUACAAUUAGUGAUACUCCAGAGACUUCUGGAAUUAAUGAUGUUCUCAAUUAUUUGAAAGACAGUGACAGAGCUUUGAAACCCACAUCUAGUGCAAGAUCACAAACAACAAGCAGUAAGAGUUUCAGAAAGCAUUUUUCAUCAAAGGGGAAGUUGGCUAAAAAUUUCUUUAGGGCAAAGGUUUUCCGCAGGACAUGAAUCUUGCUCGUCAGCCAUACUGAAACAAGAACCAGACAUGCAGCUAUUUAGACUGUUCUCUGAAAAAUCGAAGUAAUUAUCUAGAGCUCUGUCUGCUAUGCAUACAAUCAACUUGCAAUAUCGUAGGCUUAUGUAAGCAUUGUAUGUUGUAACUUGUAAUUAGCAAGGUUUUCGUUUUUUUUAUUGUCAUAUAGUACCUAUUGAACAUACUUGUGCUCCAUAUACCGGUGUCGUUCUUUUACUUUUUGGAACUUUUUUCCAGAAAUCGUAUAUAUCUGGUAUUUUAAUGUGUGC